AGCCGACUCGUUUAUUCUAAGAUAUAAGAAUUUGAGUAUAAAUGGAUUAAAGCUUUAAAAGGGACCUAUUGGGUAUUUUUCGAGAUUGCGUUUUUAACAUUUGCAGAGUUGGAUUGUGACGCUUUAACGCAACGCAACCAUAUAAUCAAUUUUGGAACUGUGCGUCAUUUAUUCUAUCAAACUGGAUUACAGAGGACUAUUCUUCUUUCCGGUGCAUACUGGAGGUAUGCUCGGCACCCAGGCGCCUGUUGUACACCACCCACGGCCACUGAUGCCCACCCCACACAACCCAAUGGCGAGGACGUGGCACCCUCACAUAUACAAAGCGCCAGAUCCAGCACGUAAAUCAUCUUCAUUUUACAUCGAUGAUAUUUUAAGUGACAGAAUCGGCAACGGGAAACCCAGAUCCCACGGAGACCAAAUCGGACUUAUGUCCCCCACACUGAACUAUGCCUCGGCGCUGAGGCGAGUGAGCGAACAAAUGUCCCCCUUGGCUCUUGUCACAGGGGGUUCCCGCUACCCAAGGGACGAGAGAAAGAGGUGUGAAAGCAGCUCGAGUCGCUCCAGCUCACCCGUCGAUGUUACGGCAGAUUCGGAUGAUAAUUCGAUUAAUGAAAACAGCGAAGAGGGUGAAAAGCGGAAAAGGUCCUGCUCUGACAGUCACGAAGACGAAGAGAAGCGGAAAAAGAAAGCACGUACCACCUUUACAGGAAGACAAAUCUUCGAACUGGAAAAACAAUUUGAAGCUAAAAAAUACUUAUCGUCAAGUGAAAGAGCCGAGAUGGCAACCUUAUUGAAUGUGACUGAAACUCAGGUUAAGAUUUGGUUCCAAAAUAGACGUACCAAGUGGAAGAAGACAGAAAAUAUUUCCAACUCAGAGGCUGCCGAAUAUAAACUAGGAGGUGAGAAGCAUAUAGAUACGAUUAAACAAAGACAGAACAAACUUGCUGAAAUCCAAAAUGCUCAGUGCGUCGUCAAGGACGCCAGCAAGACAAUACACGGUCAACCUCUCGGUCUAAAUGUGCGUGGAGGCGACCCCCAGAUCUCUCACCUUCAUCCCGAUCAGCUCCAACAGCAAACUCUCCACCAACACUUGGAAUCAAGAGAUUCAAUCACAAAUAUGAACACUCGUGCAAAUCUGGACACUCGCGAUACUCGUGACACUCGUCAUAGCCCUGUGUCGCCACAGAACGGUUGCCCACCACGUGACCACAACCAAAAUGACAAUAUGGACCGUAAGGUGGAAGCCAUGCAGAAACAACAAGUUCAAGUUCUGCAGCCUACGUACGAUGCGCAUCCCGAGGAGAUGGUAUCUAAGCUCAAUGAUUGCUAAUUUUAAAUUUUCAGUGAUUAAUGACUGACUUGCAUUUAUUCUGUCGUUCAGAGAUUAAUAUUUAUAUCAAACUUCACCUAAUUUUAUGAAUUCCUAGUUCCAUUUUGUUACAAGAUGAUGGCUGCAAAAAUGAGAUUCCAUGGCUAGCCAUGUUUGAUACGGGCGGCUUUUUAAUCAAAUCAAAUGAAAAACUAGGCGCAUAAUUUCACAAGAGCAGAUUUAUUUACCAAUAUUCACAUUUUUUGUGACCUAUGAGUAGUAUGUACACCCCGAUUAUUGCAUGAGCUCGAGCGACUCACGAUAUGAUCGGGGCGUAGAUCCUACCCGAGUGUCCAGUAGAAUGAUAGUUUGAAUGCGAAUCUGUAAAUAAUGUAUUAAGGACGUGUCGGUGUAUGACACUAUUCAUGUGCAAUAAAAAUCUACAGGUUACGAACCAACAUAUCAACUGGUAACAGCAAAGGAAUAAGAGCCCUGUGAUAUUGUGUGCUCCUGUUCUUUUAUAUUGCCAUCCUGGUAUCAACGGGGCGUAGCACACGGUAUCAUGGAGUUGACAGGGGCUAUAAUAAGUGGGCACUAUUCGUGUAUUGAUUGUGUACUUAAUUUAUGUUCAAUGAACAAUCAGGGUAUGUUAUAUACUCAGAUCUAGGAAUGAUGGGGUAAUUUUGUCAAGCUCUGAAUUAAUACUGAUGAGCUAUCUAUCAGAUAGGGGGAAUUGUUAUGAUAAACACUGUCUAUUGUUUUUCUACUGAGAUGGCUAGCCUCACUUGUCAUGCGAAUGGUCAUUCUAGUUGUCACACAGGAUAUCAUGUUCUUAUGUUGA